GCCAAGAGCAGCGCACAGAUUAUUUAACAAUUACGAUGUCGAAAUUCGCGAUGUUUUGGGUGGUCGCCUUACUCGGUUCAGUUUCGACUGCCAACGCCUACAGAAGUUUAUCGUUCGAAGUCGACACUGAAACCUACAAUCCAACGUUUUCAGAGUGGUCCUCGGAAAAUUCCACUUUUGUCUAUUACAGCUUGUGCGAAUGGAACUUCCAAAGGGACGCCGAACCGAAGGAAUGUAUUGUGAAUCGAUUGCAGAAUGAUUUCUCGGGAACCAGUCCAAAGGAGGAUAGGUGCAACGUCAAGCUGCACCCUCAGUCCGGUGGCUCGAUCGAUACGUUUUACGUUAAUAUCGCUCGAAUGGGCGAGGAUCGAGCGAUCCUUUCUUGGAUGGAACUAACUGACAACGACCAUUGGGAAUACGAGUAUGACUUGAGAUUCAGUAUCGUCAAUUUUUCCAAUUGUAAUGUGAAAACUGCCAGUCUUCCGAGGGGUUUGGAUUUGAAAAAUAUCAUUCCAUAUUAUGCUACUUCAUACAGUCAUAAUGAGUUAAGCAACGGCAUAUACCUCGAAGAAACAGAUGAUUUAGAUGUCUUUUUCUUCAACUCAAUGAGCAUUGAUAAAUAUUCGAUCAAUACUGAAGGAAUCGUUUCGAAGGUUGAUAAUUCGCGGCUCACUUAUCCACUUGAUUUUCCGGUAAAAGAAGGGACAGGGAUGCUUAUGUUUCCAUUGUCAGAGGACAAGGGCUAUUUGUUCAUGGAAAUUGCUCACGAGAUCAGUAACGAUGUAGGAGUGACAAUGGCUCUUAUUCAGCCAAAUGGUCAAAGACGAAAUUUAACUCAUUAUAUAACUCCGAAUUUCUCGAAAUUGUCCUUGGACAAUGGAUUGAUCGGAGUAUGCACCAAAAACUACACAACCCUGAAAUGCACCCAGUUCAAGCCCGACGACGAAGAGAUCAACUGGUUUGCCACCAGUUUGAUCGCCGAACCGUACACACUACACUCCAUGUACAAUUUGCCGAGGGGCGAAGGAUUUUUGAUUUUCACUCCGUUCGAUAUCGACGAUAAACACGUCACCCCAUCUGGCAAGAAACUCGUUAAAAUCGGUUUGGAUGGGAAAGCUAAACAGUAUGUGAAUACUAAUAUGGGGUGCGAAAGACGAUCGGAGAUGUAUGAAAAAAUUUUCAAAGAUGGUCAAGGCAAUUAUUGCGUGAGCUUCGAAUGCGAACAGAAAGUUGAAUUUGAAGAUCGAUUUGUUACGAAGUUCCAAUCGAAGUGCUUCGCACCGAAUGAUUUCACAGAUAUUUAGAAAUGAGAG